GUUUCAUAAUCACUGGAGACGGAGAGAGAAGGCUGUAACAAAAUAACAAGAUGUCUGAUGAUACUACAAACAACACUGGGAGGUUCACCAGAAGUCAGAUUCUAACAAUGAUAUCCACUGCUUCAUUGAACUUUUGUUCCAUGAUCUGUUAUUCUAUAUUAGGGCCUUUCUUUCCUCAGGAGGCAUUGAAGAAAGGAGUUAGUAACACAAUGAUUGGUCUGAUAUUUGGAUGUUUUGCUGUUUUUAACUUUUCAGCCUCAUUAAUAUUUGGGAAAUAUUUGGUGAAUUUUGGACCAAAGUUUAUGUUUGUAACUGGAUUGUUUGUAUCGGCAUGUGCAACAAUUCUUUUCGGUUUCUUGGAUAAAGCGCCAGAUGGAACAAUAUUCAUUGUUUUGUGCUUUGUAGUUAGAGCUGUGGAUGCUAUAGGAUUUGGUGCAUCCAUUACUUCAUCAUUUUCUAUUCUUGCAAAGGCAUUUCCGAACAACAUUGCCACUGCUAUGGGAUCACUUGAAAUUUUUACAGGUCUUGGCCUUGUUUUGGGUCCUCCCAUUGGUGGACUUUUGUACCAAUCAUUUGGUUAUGAGAUUCCCUUUAUAUCAAUAGGAUGUUUUAUCCUACUACUAGUGCCGCUAAAUUACUUUAUUUUACCAAAAUAUGAUGGCCUUCCAAGCACGGAUUCUUUUUGGACAUUAUUUACAUUUCCAAAAAUUUGGCUUAUGUGCUUUACUAUAUUUUCACUGAGCUCAAGCAUCAGUUUUUUGGAUCCAACUAUGUCAUUGUUUGUCAUAGAAAAGUUCCAUUUAAAAGUUGGCUAUGUGGGGUUGGUUUUCCUAGGACUUGCCUUGUCCUAUUCCCUCAGCUCACCUCUUCUUGGCUUGAUAAGUGACAGGUAUCCUGCACUCAGAAAGUGGCUUCUCAUUGUUGGCAGCAUAGGAACAGCACUAUGUUUUUUUAUGCUGGGGCCUGUCCCCAUAUUUCACAUUGAGAGUAAACUCUGGCUGUUUAUCUUCAUACUGGUUCUGGAUGGCUUUUGUAUUGGACUGUCUGGAUUACCUGUCUAUCCAGAAAUGCUUUCCUGUGCAUAUGAGAACGGCUUUGAAGAAGGACUCAGCACUUUAGGUCUCAUCUCUGGACUAUACACUGCAAUGUGGUCUUCGGGAUCUUUUGUAGGCCCAACCCUUGGUGGAUUUCUAAGUGAGAAAGUUCAUUUUGAGAAUGCUGCUGCUAUUCAAGGACUCUUCCCAUUAGUGUGUGGUAUAUUCCUUUCAAUAUUUUACAUUUAUGAAUCCUAUAAAAAAAGCAGAAGACCUAGCAUUGUGCCUGCUAAAAGUACAGAUGAAGAAAGGACACCACUUUUGUAAAAACUGCAAUAAUCUGUCAUGGAGCAGUUUAUUUUUUUUUCUUCUUUUUGUUCCUUAUGAGGAACGGGUUCUUAUUUUUAACCAGAAAAAACAACCUUUUCUAAAUGAAGGAAAUAUAAUACAGUGCUAAUCUGUCUGAAUUAGAAGAACACAGAGCAUUCGUAACAGGAGUCCUGCUCUUUCACUUGUGACAAAGUCAAAAAAUUAUUGUGUACUCAUAUUGCAGUAGCUUUGUUGUAUAUUGUUUGAAUCCCUUUUUAUGGAUGUGUAGACAGGUUGUUCAGAUUCUGGACUUAUCAUGUCUAUGGAUAUAUCUGUUGUCUAAAAACAAGUUCUAGAAACUACCUCUUUCUGUUAAAGGAACAUGCCAAGAACCAUAACCAAUACAGCCUUCUGCAGCUUUUAUAGUGCCGGAGUUCCCUGGUGCAGUCCCCUCCCUCAAAUACUAGUCGUCAAACAGUUUCAGCACAAUUUAACCACGUACCAGGAGCCAACUGCCACGGUCUUGGCUUGCCCUGGAAACGCCUGCACUGAAUUGAGUCUAGUAGUCCAGGGCAGGGCACAUUGGCUGAGUGUGCACAGCAGACACCGUGAGCAGGACUAAUAACAGGACUAAUUGUCUGACAG